AUGUCGGCCAAGCUGCUGCUCGCGCUGCUCUCGCUCUCCGUCUUCUACUUCAUCUUCUACUUCGCCGACGCCAAUGGCCUCCGGGCGCUGGGCGACGCGGCGCAGCACGCCCAGACGCUGCCGGGCCUCGACGUGCCGCUCCGGACGCGCUACACCGGCCUCGCGCCGCUCGACCAGCUGCUCACCACCCUGACCGUCUUCUUCUGGCCCGUCGGCGACGGCAGCCAGCCCGCCCUGACGCUGCACUCGGUCGCCUUCUCGGGCACCUUUGCCUCGGCCUGGAUCCUGGUGACGCUCGAGUCGUGGCGCAAGGGAAGCGCCGGCACCGCGGCCGCCUUCCCGGCGGUCCUCGGGCUCACGGCCCAGGUGCUCACGUUUGCCUUUGCCACGCCGCUCUACGCCCUGCUGCACCUGUGCUACUCUACGACGGCGACCAACCCGACAACCACGAAUAUGCGGAUUCCGCACACGGUGCUCCGCGCGCUGCCGCACGUCUUCACCGUGGCCAUGUUCGUCCCCUCGCUGCUCAUGAUUGUGCCCCUCUCCGAGACCAUGACGCACGACCUCAAGCAGAUCUGCAUCGCCGUGUGGCAGCCGUGGCCGGCGUACGUGGCCGUGCUCCUGGUCGCGGCGUAUCUCGUCGGCGGGCGCGGCGACGCAGACGCCCGCAAGACGGCCAGCUCCUUGCGCCUGCACCGGGGCGCGCACCGCGCCGCCGGCGUCGAGGUCGGCCUGGCGAGCGUGCUGGCCAAGGUGGCGGCCUUGUCUGUCCUGGCGAGUCCUGCCGGCGCCGCCGUGGAGCUCAUGUGGGAGCGUGAGGAGCUGUUUCUCCGCGAUGCCGACGCGGACAGGGCCAAGGCUGCGCGCGGCAAGAAGUAG